AUGUAUGGGCACGCGGCACUGCGCAGGCAGGCAAUCUGCUGUGAUGAAGAGGCUUCUCUUGGCCCCAACCGCAUCCUUCCGGGUUCCCCUUCAAGCCCCACUGCGCUGUCCGCUAGCCGCCGCCCACCCGGCGUAUUGCGUUCCCAGAGGCCCCACAGCCUGCUGCCCAUCAGCCCGGGUGCAUCCAUCCACUCCUCAGUGGAUAGUGAAUGAAAAGAGAGAUGGAUUCAAUCGCUUCUGGAAGACAGGAGCGUGUGGAGACAGAUAGUGGAGGGAGGAGAUGCACUUGUGGUUGGAUGUGUUUGCAGUUAUUUUUACUUUUGCAAGUGGGGUACAGGUGUAAGUUAUGUUUGGCAUAACUUUGGAAGUUGGGCGCGAAGUGGGUUGGACUUGCAAAGCAUCUCCAUAGACUCUCUGCACAUUUGUGUUUAUCCUCUUAGAGAAACUGAGGACGUGUUUUGUCUGGAUCCACAGCAGAGGCACUGAACGAACGGCUGCGAUUUAUUCAGCACGUCAAACCCCAGCUGUGAAAACAGACGCCCAAUCAUUGCUGAACAUCCCUGAACGUUUCAGGAAGUUUUUGUGAUAGGAGAUUUUUGGUCUCUUAUAGAUUCUUAUCUGAGUUUUGUGUUUUUAACUUAACGCGCUUGGGACUCAUCUAGCCUUGCCCCUCUAUGAUUCCUUUGACAUCAUUUCCUGUGAAGAGGUUCAACUUUUUUCCCAUUUUUUUAUUUUAAUCGGAUUUCUCCACACUGAGUGUACAAAACAUUAAGAACAACGCUGCCGGGUUUUUCACGCUCAACAGUUUCCCAUGUGUAUCAAGAAUGGUCCACCACCCAAAGGACAUCCAGCCAACUUGACACAGCUGUGGGAAGCACUGGCGUCAACAUGGGCCAGCAUCCCUGUGGAAUGCUUUCAUCACUGUGUAGAGUCCAAGCCCCGACGAAUUGAGGCUGUUCUGAGGGCAAAAGGGGGGGUGCAACUCAAUAUUAGGAAACUAUUCUUAAUGUUUUGUACACUCAGUGUAUAAACUGUUCUUUAUUUAAUCGAGCCCAGGAGUUAUAGUUUAUUUAGUAGGUGUCUGUGAGGGAGUUCUUGAAUUAUUCAAAUUAGUUUUUAUUAGUUUCAGAUAUAAGAUGGUUCUAAUUAGCCUGAUGAGAAUAUAAUGAACACUUGUUUUUUUGUGCUCUAUACGCCUCUUCGCGUAUUGGAACUGCUAAACAAACAGUGUUACGAACAUCUCCUCUUGCAACGCUUUGGUUUUGUCAGAAUUAUGCUGUUUGUUGACACCAUAUUCACAUAUAACAAGAGUUAAUGGUGCAUCAAAAACUCCUGAUCUCUUUGUAGACAUGUCUUUGUUACUUUAAUUAUUCGUCCUGAACACUCUUCUUCUCUCUCUCUCUCUCUCUCUCUCCUCUCUCUCUCUCUCUCUCUCUCUCUCUCUCGUCUCUCUCCUCUCUCUCUCUCUCCUCUCUCUCUCCUCCGUCUCUCUCUCUCUCUCUCUCUCUCUCUCUCUCUGUAUAGGUGCCCUAUGUGAAAGUGGCCCCUGAGGACAUUCUGAAGGUUCAGUUCCCCCGCUUCACCACCCUGGACCUGCGCCCCACCAACACAGACAUCAGCCUGGCCGUGGCUGGCCUGCUCACCUUUUUCAACAGCACCACAGCCUGCCUCAUCUGUGCCCAGGCCGACUGUGAGUGGGUCACGCACCACUAGCUCUUUGUUGCCGUUUGUACCAUAUACACACAUUCAUUUGCAUGUGAACAUACGUGGGCUCGUACACAAGGAUGCACAUUUCUGCAUGUGCAUAUGCACUAGGGCUGUCCCCGACUAAAGAAAAUCUUGAUAGACCGAAAGUCGUCUGUUCUUUCAACCAAUCGAUUGGUCAACAUUUUUAAAGGUGUAUUUUUCCAAAUAUAGACACACCCUAUGUAUUUUAAUCAAAUCAACUGCAUUGAGCUUGUCUGAUUCUUUAAGCUUACUAUUUGAUGAAAUAAGGCACAAAUUACUCAAGAGGGAGCCAGAGAUCUAGAUAAUCAGAAGAAAAAAUCCUUAACCUGACCCAACCAUUCUCCUACCGCUCCUGCUGGCUUUCGCAGAAACUGCCAUUACUCUCCUGAAGUUGCCGGUAAUAGGCUAGACGAGUAGUCGGCAACCUUUUUCAUGUGGAAUGCCAAUUUAUCUUACCAUUUCUACCGAUCAGUUAUGGUUUUCAUAUGCACAUUUUCGUGGAACAGUUUCAUUUAAUAACGUCUUCAUAUCUUAAAUUAAUUUAAUGUGGUUAAUCAAAAUUCUAUCGAAGUCUAAAUGAAAACGAUACAAACCUAAAAAGUAACUUCUAUUGCCAUUGCCAACUAUGUAAAAAUAGCCUACAUAAAGCCAUCAAAUAAAAACAUUGCAGCCUGCAGGUAGAAAAUAUCCUGAAAAUAAAUAUCCUAAAAAUCAUAUUGGCUACGCAUGGCCUGUCUGCAAUGAACUUAAAACAUUGUAUAAUCUAUUAACUUGGGUCUGGCCUGAAGCUUGUGCUAGCAAACUUGUAUAAAUAUUCUGGUUUCCACAGCUGUAGGCUAUUUGCGCAAUGGAUAAGAAACAGUGGUUGACUUGUACGGCACCUCAAAUGUUCUACUGCUUGAGGUCCUGUUCCUCUUAUAGAAUAUUAGCUCAAAAGUAUUGUGGAGCUCCUGUACCUAAAUAUAAACAGUACCAGCACCCAAAAUGAGUACCGGAACCUAUUUCAGUCCAAGUCAAGCACUGAUAAGAAGUAAUCAGGUAGGCCUAUUUUAUGACAUUUCCACUGGAUCAGAGCAUGACAUUUUUCUCUUUCAAGCUGAGUGGUUAUCGAAAGGGAGAGCGCUGGAAAGAUUUCUCAAAUACAUUGAGGAACUAUUGUAAUUCUCAAUGGAUGUAAACACAGGCUGUUUGAGGGGAAGAAAACAUUACAUUGAGAAGCUCCACAGCUCAUUAGUGGUGGUGCAUUAAGCCAAUCAGAAAUAGUAUCAGAUCCCCAAAUGGGCACAUUUAUAGGCCUACAUUUACGGACAGGCCAGGUAGCCAAUAGGCCUGCUACCUGGCCUGUGCAUUAUUCAGACCCCUUGAAUAUUUCCACAUUUUGUUACAUUACAGCCUUAAUCUAAAAACUGAAAUAUGACAUUUACAUAAGUAUUCAGACCCUUUACUUAGUACUUUGUUGAAGCACCUUUGGCAGCGAUUACAGCCUUGAGUCUUCUUGGGUAUGAUGCUACAAGCUUGGCACACAUGUAUUUGGGGAGUUUCUCCCAUUCUUCUCUGCAGAUCCUCUCAAGCUCUGUCAGUUUGGAUGGGGAGCGUCGCUGCACAGCUAUUUUCAGGUCUCUCCAGAGAUGUUCGAUCGGGUUCAAGUCCGGGCUCUGGAUGGGCCACUCAAGGACAUUCAGAGACUUGUCCUGAAGCCACUCCUGCGUUGUCUUGGCUGUGUGCUUAGGGUUGUUAUCCUGUUGGAAGGUGAACCUUCGCCUCGGUCUGAGGUCCUGAGCGCUCUGGAGCAGGUUUUCAUCAAGGAUCACUCUGUACUUUGCUCCGUUCAUUUUUCCCUUAAUCCUGACUAGUCUCCCAGUCCCUGCUGCUGAAAAACAACCCCACAGCAUGAUGCUGCCACCACCAUGCUUCACCGUAGGGAUGGUGCCAGGUUUCCUCCAGAUGUGACGAUUGGCAUUCAGGCCAAAGAGUUCAAUCUUGGUUUCAUCAGACCAGAGAAUCUUGUUUCUCAUGGUCUGAGAGUCUUUAGGUGCCUUUUUGUUAACUCCAAGCGGGUUGUCAUAUGCCUUUUACUGAAGAGUGGCUUCCAUUUGGCCACUCUACCAUAAAGGCCUGAUUGGUGGAGUGAUGCAGAGAUGGUUGUUCUUCUGGAAGGUUCUCCUGUCUCCACAGUGGAACUCUGGAUCUUUGUCAGAGUGACCUUUGGGUUCUUGGUCACCUCCCUGACAAAGGCCCUUCUCCCCCGAUUGCUCAGUUUGGCCGGGCGGCCAGCUCUAGGAAGAGUCUUGGUGGUUCCAAUCUUCUCCUAUUUAAGAAUGAUGGAGGCCACUGUGUUCUUGGGGACCUUCAAUGCUGCAGAAAUGUUUUGGUACCCUUCCCCAGAUCUGUGCCUCGACACAAUCCUGUCUAAGCUCUACGGACAAUUCCUUCGACCUCAUGGCUUGGUUUUUGCUCUGACAUGCACUGUCAACUGUGGGACCUUAUAUAGACAGGUGUGUGCCUUACCAAAUCAUGUCCAAUCAAUUGAAUUUACCACAGGUGGACUCCAAUCAAGUUGUAGAAACAUCUCAAGGAUGAUCAAUGGAAACAGGAUGCACCUGAGCUCAAUUUCGAGUCUCAUAGCAAAGGGUCUGAAUACUUAUGUAAAUAUGUUUUUUUUGUGUGCACAAAUCUCUAAAAACCUGUUUUGGCUUUGUCAUUAUGGGGUAUUGUGUGUAGAUUGAUGAGGGGAAAAAAUAAUUUAAUAUUUUUUAGAAUAAGGCUGUAACAAAAUGUGGAAAAAGUCAAUGGGUCUGAAUACUUUCCGAAUGCACUGUAUGUCUAUGUGUAAUCAGGUCCCCAACAUUGACAGGAGCACUCAAAACAAAAGACAAUGACUAGAUUGAAUUGACAAAACUCGUAAAUGGAAUGAAAUAAACCAAAACUUGUUUCUCACAAGUGUAGCAUAGGUUGUGCGCUCUGCAAAUAAUGUGUCCACUGCGAUAAUGAGAAUGGUAAGACUGGAAUAAUAAUAAAUUGAAUGCAUUAACAGAAAUAAAUGUUUAAAUUAAAUAAAAAUGUAUGCACUCACUAACUGUAAGUCGCUCUGGAUAAGAGCGUCUGCUAAAUGACUAAAAUGUAAAUGUAAUUAUCAUAACCAAACAAAGAUUAGAAAUUAUAGGAAUUAACGGUAAAUGUGCUACUGGUGAUAUAUGUAAUGGGGAAGUGAUAUACACUAACAAUCAAACGCAAACAAUUGAGACAAUGAAAUAAUGAAAAAUGUGCACAGAUUGGCGGGAGAGAGCGCAUUCUGGGGAGAGAAGUGCGUUGCGCUGCAUGGUCAUUCUGACGUCUGCAUUGGCCAUUGUGCAUUGUGUUUAUACAGGAUGUAUUGCCCCUACCUACCGUCAACCAAUCAUGUCAAUGCGGAGCUAAUACAGAGCCCUCCACAUUGUUACAACAUUUGGGAGGCGCAUGGCGUUGCUCGAUUUGGCCUCUGCAUACCUCCUGAGGCUCCGUAAUUGCGUCACACCAUCCAUAUGGAGCUUCCGACCACAUUUUUGGAUCAAGCAUAAAUUGGCUUUUAGUCUAGGCCUCUGCAAUGGAUUAGUUCACUGAGAUAGGCGCAAAUAUAUAGACUAAAAAAAUCUCGGUCAACCAAUAGCCUAUCGACCAAACUAUUGACCAGUCGACUAAUUGGGGUCAGCCCUAAUAUACACACACACACACACACACACACACACACACACACACACACACACACACACACACUGUGUGGUCUUGGGAUACAGUGCAUUCAAACAGCUAUCCCACUGACACACACACCCUUUUGAAGAUGCAGAAUCACCCUGCAGUGGAUACACCCACACACAAACCUAUGUAUAACCCAAAUGCAUUUACUCUUGCAUAAUUCUUCCCCCCCACAAUGCAUCAUAAUCUAGUAAAAUGCAGGCAAAUUACUUUGCUUUUCACAUAGGCCAUUAAUGCAUCUUCCUCUUUUAUUCCAGUGUGAUGUCGCAUACACCUAUCAUCAAACACCUCCCUCCCUGAGAUGAUAAUGUCAUCUCUGAACUUAAAAAGAGAAAUUCAUGAAAAUACCCAGUAUGGAUCCAUGAUCAAACCGCCAGACUCAAAGACGUCAAAGACAAAGCAAAAAAAAAGUAUGAAAGAAUGGAAGAUUAAAUCCCAGUCUGUUUCCACCCUUCUCCGUACAUGAAUCAGUGAUUACAAGUACCCGUACAAAGUCACAUUGACCCCAUCUGCUACAGGCCAACUUUCCCCUUAAUCAGCUUAGGGCUUUGAAAUGUGGCGGACUGGAUUUCAGCUCUCGAUUAGAACAGAGGAGCUCUCAGCUGGUACGAGCCCCCCAGCCCCACCAUCAACCACACCCCUCACUUAUGUUCCAACCAACUUCAGAAAAGAAUGGUUGAACGUUUGUGCCCAUCCAAGCCAGUUAGACUCAAGUGUUACCCGAGAAACGGAGAUAACAAGGAAUAAAAGAGGAAAGAUAAAAAAUUUUGACGCCCACCAAAGGCUAAAGACGUUAGUGACUCAGAACUGCCUGGACUUUGAUUCUUGACAGCGUCAAAACUAGCUAAUUAGUUGUUAUUUUCCACUGGGUGUUUAAGCGUGUUGCUUUCAAUCUGUCGUUUAACGGAGAGCUCAUCAAACGAUGUUGGUAAUUAGCCCACAGACACAUGACAGUUCUGCGCCUCGCAAGAGUUGUGAACUUCUGUGAAAUAUUGACAUAUCCAUGAAGGGCGGCGAUCUCACCAUCUACAAGCUGUGUGAGAUAGAAACCUCAAACUUUAUAAUGGCGGUUUCCUUUUUAUAUGUCUCUGUCUGAGCUCCUGUCUGUGUCGGUGUGGGCUAAGGGGGAAUCGGUAAGGCUGCUGAGGGGAGCAUGGCCCAUCCCGUCCCUUCCUCGUCAGUGAGGAGAAUGCCAGUCACUUUAGCUGAUUGAGGGGAAUCUAACCUUACUACUGGAAUCGUACGUGGGGGCGGAGGGAGCGUUUGUCUGGAAUUGACACGGGGGGUUGUAGUGAUUGCUCUGCCAUGUGACCCCUUCUGCAGCGCCACUGUAAAAUACCAGUGACGGCUUGGGCUCGGCAAUGUGCUGGAGCAGUAGCAGUAGCCGCGGUAGCGUUAGCUGGCUGGCAGAGGCCCCACGACGCUCGGCGCUGGCCUCAUUAAUCAGCGCGGCCGGUGACAGCCUAAUAGAGCGUGGCCAAGCGUGGCCGAGUCAUGAAUAUUUCCCAGCCUGACCCUGGCUUCCUGGCUGAGAGAGAGAGAUGAAGAGAGAGAGAGAGAGAGAGAGAGAGAGAGAGAGAUAGAGGAGAGAGAGAGAGAAUGAGAGAGUAGAGAGAGAGAUAGAGAUAGAGAGAUAAGAUAGAAGAGCAGAUGAUAUAGCGAGAUCGUGCGAUCGAUAUAUAGACGAUCUCAUUAGCGAUAUCUAGCUCUCGUAUGAUAUCUUAUACGCUAGCUAUAUAUCCUCUUCAUCUCUAACUGACCAUUACGAGCCCUCUACCACCACCCAAAGGCACAGCUAGCGCAAAGAAGGACACCCAUUAAUCUGGCUAACCUGCCUACUGCUAUCGAUGGCUGUGUGGUUGUGUGUCACCGCAAUCAUGGAGUAGUACAGUAGGACAUAGAGAACCUAGCCACAGGGGUGGAGGAGGACUGUGUGGGAGAGUGGAGCGCUUUGUUCACAGGGAGGUUAGUGCAUGGGAGGUCAGCUGGCGGGCAGCAGGGGUGGUGGAAGGGGACAAAUCACCCACACUGUACUUCUUGGGGACUUGCUCAGACAAAACCUAGCGGGGACUGGGGGGCAUCCUGGUCAACACAAAAUCUUAUGUUAUGAAUCUGCUAUCAUCUAACGUAGCAUUUUAUAAUCUGAAUUGAAUGAGCUGGAAGUAAAGCAAAUAGUACCCUUUGAAUGUAAAACACCUGAAAUGACUUCGCUGAUGACAUGCACCUCAGCAACCAACUCCUUAUGUUUUUUAUUGAGAGAAAUUAGUCUCAUCCAAAUGUUUUAAAGGCACACACACACACAUGCCCAAGUUCUGGGCUUUCUUCACCUGUCAAGGUAGACGUUUGUGUCUCCUUGGAGCGGAACAAUUAUAGGAUAUGUUUGCUCAACGAACCGACUCUCUGCUCUGAAAAUGAGUAAUCUGUAAUUAAAGUUGAUCAAGAAUGUCUCUCUGUCGCCGGAGAGAGCUGGAUCAAUAAACUCUUUGGGAAGACGGACCGGUUAACUGGGGUGAUGAAGUGAUUUAGCCGGUACCGGCAAUGACUUGUUGUUGUUUGUUGUCUGGAGAUCAAGCUGAGCAAUCCUCCCGACGUGAUGACAUUUAGAGAAAGUUUCAAUACGGAUUAUAAUAUAUUUACAGAUCCAGUAACAGCAGACAUCAGCCCACCGUAAAUGUCCCCAUCAGAAUAAAUUUUUGCUGUGCUGUCAGUUCCGUUGCACUUCCUCCCUACUGAAAGAGAGCAGUGAGUGAGGAAACUGUGGAGAUAAGAUGGUUCCACCAAAGGCUCUAAACAGAGGGAUGAGAGCUUCCUCCAUUGGCUCUCCCUGGUUUUUCUUCUACGUUUCCCCUUCCUUUCCCCUGACCGAAGACACUAAUUUGAUGUGAUACACAGCGUAAUGGGAUUUUGAUGUGUGGUGCUGGGGGGGGGGGGGGGGCUUUUUUCUCCUCUUGAUAUUUUUUCUCGCUUUGGUGUUUAAUGAGAACAAAGCCGAGGAGAGCCCUGGUCGGCUGUCUGCUCGUCUACCAGGAUGAAAGAUGGAAGAAAGUUCCUUUUCAACAGGGAACGAUGAGAAAGGAUCACUCAGACCCACAACAUCCCAAACUCCCCGUCCGUGCCCAUUAACGAGCUCUACUGACAUGCUGAACUGUUUAUAUAAGAGAGAGUGAUAGACUAUCAACUUUUUGAUCUGUGUGGUUAUAUUCAUGUACUGACACGUUACGAAUGCCUAGACAUUAGCACCUGUCCUAUCCCAAGCACUCCAGUUAACGAAUGCUGCAGGUCUGGAGGGAAAACUACAUUGAAGCAAUUUAACUCUCUUCCAUUCGCCCAUCAAUCGAUUAAAUCACCCGAUUUAUCAUGGUUAUUCAGGUUCGGCCUGUUUAAAAAGUAUAUCUAUCUUGUACUGUGAAAUGCCAUGAAAUUCUGCAGACUGCACCCAUUUGGUUGUACAGUACAGGGUUCCCGGACAGCAGGAGUCCAGCAGCCCAGUCCAACAGACUAGGGUGCAGCCAGUUGGGUGCUGUGUUGACACUGGCAUGAACCUGGGAUUGGUCCUGUCUGAGCAGUGUAUUUGCAUAGAGGCACUGAGUGCAGGAAGGUAAAUGAGAGUGGGGGCUUUGUGAGAGCCCAGUGAAAUGUGACGGCCUGUGAAAGGGGGAAAUGACUGGCUGCCCAGACUGAGUGGCAGGCCCUACCUUUAUCUGUCUGCCUGAGAGGCAGCAUCAGGCAGUGCUACAGUAUGUGUGGCCCAUGCCAAUGAGGCACACCACAUGGCAGCAUCAGACACCAACUGCUGCAGGGAGCAGCAGCACAGCCUAAACCAAGAAAACAGACUUCACACGUCUCUAACUUUCAACGGUCUCCCUUUUUCACGGCUAACCGAGAAACAGUGCCUCCCUGUUUUAGCAUAAUGAUGUUCUUUUUGAUUAGCAUGGGUUCAACGUGAAGCGACAUGGCUGCCAGAAUAGAUGUGACAAAGGUCAGGGCCACAAAAGAGAUUGUGAAAUGGAAAAGUACAUACACCAUUUUAUUUCUGUUGCUUUGAAUCAUGCAUAGCCUAGACACUAAACAGGUCUCUCCUGAGAUUUCUUUCCCACUGGUUGAACGGAAGGGUAUGACAGGAGGGGAAACUCCUGCUGUGAACACUGAGCAGCGUAGUGUGCUGUCUAAUGUAAUGUACUACAUGUGAAAUUGGCAUGGGAUGCCAUGCAAGCAGGCAAUGGAGAUUGAGCAGUUUUUUAAGCCUCAUCACAGAUAUGCUGAGUAACUCAACAGGUAACAGAGCUGACAGUCUCGGAGCUGACAGGCGUCAUUGCUGAUGAUUUGUGUUUCUAGGAGAGACAAACCGUUAAAGGCAUUAGGAUUCAAUGAGUUGGAACACGUAGUGCCUUAGGAACAGCUGCUGCUGCUACUGCAUGUAACCAAAGGAAGAAAACACUGAUUAUAUGUACAUUUCUACUAUGAUCCAUGCUGGUCUCAGUUGUAUUCUAAUAUACUGUAUGUCUUGACUCCUAUGAAUGUAUAGUUUCAGUGAAGUGCCACUGGAAACAUAUAACAUAACUAAAGCGGGAAAAACCCACAGCAAAGGGAUUAUAUCAAAAUGAUUUUUUCUACUAGGAUUAAGGCUUGGUAUCCGUUGUAUUGUAAUUGUAUUACAAGUUUCAGUAAAGUGCCACUGGAAACAUAUUCAUUACCUCACUUAUAAUUAACCCAUAUCCAAUCUCUUUAAAGCGUUUCUGGGAACUAAAUGCUGGAGGUGGUCUUAUAUCACCUAGCAAUUAAUGACUUUAUAAUUAGCCGUUAUUACAGGUCAUCAGUUAAAUUAUUUUAGGUGGGAAGGAUUUUAAUGACCGUGUUAUUGACAAACAAGGCAUAAAAAGGGACUUUUUGUUUAUCGAGCGAAAACAAAACAUUGUCACGUCUCGUCAGAGACAGGCUAAAAAUAGCGAUUCACUGUUCUUUUUAUGAAUAUGGUGUUUCUCACACAAAAUAAUGUCUUUGUAUUUUUUUACUAAUUCAAAUUACCUUUUUUUGUACUUUUUGACUGUCAGUGCUAGUUCUCAGAAAUGUGACUUUAAUACCCAGAAAUUCAUUACAGAUUACCCUUAGGAGAUUAACUGUAUACCUGCUCAUAAUAAUAUCACUGUCUUCGUCCCUGUCCCCACAGGCUUAUUAAAUCUGGAGAGACUGCUACGCCAGUUUCUCAUCUCCAAGGAGACCCUAUCGGUUCGGAUGCUGGAUGACAGCCAGGAUCCCACACCCCUUCUCAAGGAGAUCCGCGAUGAUAAGACUGCCACCAUCAUUGUGGACGCUAACGCAACAAUGUCCCACAUCAUUUUGGAAAGGGUGAGUCUGUCUGUCAUAACGAUUUACAGUGAGCUCUUUCCCGAUGUUCUUAGACAUCUCAGCAGUAGCUGAUGAUGAUAAAACAAAUGUAAGAUCUAAAUGUCGAUGCCAUGAUAAAGUUCAGGAUCAAGGUUGAUAUUGAAAAUAAUUGAACAAGCUACAGGCUGAAUCACUUACUGGUGAAUGAGCGUUGGACUGAAUGAAGGUUAACAUGAAACAUCCUUCACCGAUCUGGUCUCCUGUACAUAGGCAUACUACCAUUAAUAAACCAUGGAAUAUAUGUAACUCCAUAUUUGGAGACUAGAGUGGUAUGCAAAUGCACUAGAGGAGGUUGUUGAGUGCCCUUGGGCUUAGCACUUAAACCACUAGCGUACCGAAGAGUAGCAGGAGAGAUGGGAAAUAUUGAGAAAAUAAAACCAAUGCUAGAGAUGGGAAAUAUAGAGAAAUUAAAAACAAUGUAAUUCGCUUUUUUUAGAAAAAGGUCUAGUCAGACAAAUCAUUUUACUUCAAGUGACAGGCGUGAGAUGUAAAUCAUGUUCUGUUCUGUGAUCAUUCAUUAAUAAUUGAGAAGUACAUUCAUCUGAUUCGUUUUUGUAAGAUCAGAACGACUAUGAAAAGAAGCAACCCUGCAUCCUUAAAUGGUUGAUCUUUAUAAUAUAUACAAUCCAAAACAUCACAAACACCCAAUAAUAUUGUUUGAGUAUAAAGAAAGCAGAAGAGCCAAGGUUUAUUACUAUUUUUCUUUUCUUUUCCCUUUCUGUUGGUAGCAACGACUUUCUUUGUUGAUAAAAUAACCUAUUUUUCAAUCAUGGAAUGAUGAACUCUUUUUGAACUAUUUAUGCUUUCUAUUGAAGGCACUCAUCAAGUUAUAUAUUGUGUGUUUAUAAAUCAAAUAAUAAUUUGGUGGGUGCUUAUAUUUGUCCUAUUUCACACAUGUAUUAAUAAUGUGUUUUUUUGCAUAACCCAACUCUCCCUGAGAGAGUGGGUACACGGCCAGGGUCUGCCAUUAUCAACAGCGACCCUGAAGCAAGUAGGGUUAAAUGCCUUGCUCAAGGGCACAUCGAUAGAUUUUUCAUCAUGUCAGCUCAGGGAUUAGAACUAGCAACCUUUCAGUUACUGGCCCAGUGCUCUAACCGCUAGCCUACCUGUUGCCCCGUGAAAUUGCCAGCUGAGAUUGGCAGCUCCAUGGAGAUGCCAGGGAUUGAUCCUGGGGCCUCAUACAUGCAAAGCAUGCACUCUACCACUAAGCUACAUCCUCUCAGUUGUGAAGAGCUAGUCUGACAAACAUAAUAAGAUCUAAUUGGACAUUCAUAUCAGAUGAGACUAUUCUUUGCAGUAAACUGUCAAUAUGACCUUUCAAUGAUGUCUGUUUCCACUAAUAACAACCAUACCUGAAGUGAACAGAGAAGUUAGCAAUUAAAGCAACAAAAUAGAAUACUCUGUAGCUUUGCAGAGUUCUUCCGACACCAACAUGAUGUUAAUAAUUUGCGUGAUAGGACAAGACUCCUGCUAUCCAUUUUAAAGAGCUAAGAUUAGAUCUAAAAGGUGACAGAAACACAGGUGAAAGGCAGCUUGCAGCAUAUGGCCAUGUCGUAAUUAAAACAUAGAGAUUGGAUGCAUGGCUGCAGUGAAGGAGACAAUGACUAAAGGGAAAUGGAGAGAGAGAGACAGAGAGACGAACAAAGAGACAGACAGAGAGACAGACAGAGCGACAGCGAGACAGAGACAGAGACCGAGAGAGAUAGCAAUUGAGCACUGGCUAAGGGUGCAUUCUAGAGUUGAAUAUUUUCCCAGUAUUUUACAAAUGUUCCAUCCAGAGAAUGAAUCACUUUUCUCCCGAAAAUUCAAGCCUGAUGUUACCUGAGCCUGAUGAGCCAUACAUUAAAGACAUUUUAUGAGCCCAAGCCCAAAUGAUUGUGUCGCUAUCCAAUACAUAUAUGAUAUAUAGGCUACUGCAUUUACGCACGACAGAAAAACAUAAAACCCAUAGGUAACUAGCUAUAUGCUCUCUUGGGUAAAUAAAUGAAACAAGCUCCAGUAGGCUAAUCAUUUUGAGUGUGAACUGUAUUACUGUACCGUAUUGUAUUAUACUGUAUUAUAUGGACUGGAAUUACGCACAUCGUUCAAAACAUGAUAAAAUUGAGAGAACGUGAUUCUGGUGCAGCACAUGCAGCCUACAAAGUUACAAGCAUAGGCUAGCGAAUUUGAUUUUAAUUUUGAAAUAUAAUAGGGCCUAUUUGUAUAAUUAGUAGGCAAACGCGUAUACAGUGCAUUCGAAGGUAUUCAGACCCCUUGAGUUUUUACACAUUUCAGCCUUAUUCUAAAAUUGAUUAAAUUGUUUUUUUCCCCCUCAUCAAUCUACACACAAUACCCCAUAAUGACAAAUCCAAAACAGGCUUUUAUAUUUUCCCUAAUGUUAUUAGCCUACCUCUUCUUUCUCUCUCUAUUGUUGCCUCAUUCCUUCCUCGCUUUCAACAGUUAAAUGAAAUAAGUUCUGCUCUCCUUAUCUUCAUUAUUCUAAUGACAUGCUUGAAUAAUAUAGGAAUAGGACUAGAUGCAGACAGCUUUCACUUCUCUUCACAAAGAUUGAAUGGUUAUGGGUCUGAAUAAAUAACUACUAUAGCCCACCGCCAUCGUGCGUUCGCUCUUCUUUCAAACUACCUGUGAGUUCUAUUGGCUGCUGUAUUUAACAUUCAGAAAACAAGAGCUUGCGUCCCUCUUCGAAUUGUCUAUUGGUAUAAGAAAUGCAAAAAAACGUAUGUCCAGCAAGCUAUUCUAGUCAAGCUUUUCCUGCAGGGACUCCAAGAGCUAAGGAGCGUUUUUUAAGGAGAGAGGCCAGCGGAGCACAGGUGAGUGCGAAUUGCACAAGAGACAGAGGCUAGUUAGAAGCUUAUUAUGCAUAACCCAUCAUUCAUUAUCUAAAUAUAUGGCUAAUACUGCACUGAAUGUAUUACCUGAAAGAGGUAGGCUAGGAUAUAUAUAUACACUACAUGACCAAAAGUAUGUGGACACCUGCUCGUCAAACAUCUCAUUCCAAAAUAAUGGGCAUUAAUAUGGAGUUGGUCCCUCCUUUGCUGCUAUAACAGCCGCCACUCUUCUGGGAAGGCUUUCCACUAGAAGUUGGAACAUUGCUGCAGGGACUUGCCUCCAUUCAGCCACAAAAGCAUUAGUGAGGUCGGGCACUGAUGUUGGGCGAUUAGGCCUGGCUCGAAGUCGGUGUUCCAAUUCAUCCCAAAGGUGUUCGAUGGGGUUGAGGUCAGUGCUCUGUGCAGGCCAAUCAAGUUCUUCCACACUGAUCUCGACAAACCAUUUCUGUAUGGACCUUGCUUUGUGCACAGGGGCAUUGUCAUGUUGAAACAGGAAUGGACCUUCCCCAAACUGUUGCCACAAAGUUGGAAGCACAGAAUCGUCAAGAAUGUCAUUGUAUGCCGUAGCGUUACGAUUUCCUUUCACUGGAACUAAGGGGCCUAGCACGAACCAAUGAAAAACAGCCCCAGACCAUUAUUCCUCCUCCACCAAACUUUACAGUUGGCACUAUGCAUUCGGGCAGGUAGUGUUCUCCUGGCGUCCACCAAACCCAGAUUAGUCCGUCGGACUGCCAGAUGGUGAAGCAUGAUUAAUUACGCCAGAGAACGCAUUUCCACUGCUCUAGAGUCCAAUGGCAGCAAGCUUUACACCAUUCCAGCCGACGCUUGGUGAUUUUAGGCUUCUGUGUGGCCAUGGAAACCCAUUUCAUGAAGCUCCCGACGAACAGUUAUUGUGCUGACGUUGCUUACAGAGGCAGUUUGGAACUCGGUAGUGAGUGUUGCAACCGACGACAUACAAUACGCGCUUCAUCACUCGUCGGUCCCGUUCUGUGAGCAUGUGGGGCCUACCACUUCGCGGCUGAGCCAUUGUUGCUUCUAGAUGUUUCGCAUAUACACUACCAGUCAAAAGUUUAGACACACCUACUCAUUCCAGGGUUUUUCUUCAUUUUUACUAUUUUCUACAUUGUAGAAUAAUAGUGAAGACAUCAAAACUAUGAAAUAACACAUGUGGAAUCAUGUAGUAACCAAACAAGUGUUAAACAAAUCAAAAUAUAUUUGAGAUUUGAGAUUCUUCAAAGUAGUCACCCUUUACCUUGAUGACAACUUUGCACACUCUUGGUAUUCUCUCAACCAGCUUCAUGAGGAAUGCUUUUCCAACAGUCUUGAAGCAGUUCCCACAUAUGCUGAGCACUUGUUGGCUGCUUUUCCUUCACUUUGCGGUCCAACUCAUCCCAAACCAUCUCAGUUGGGUUGAGGUCGGGGGAUUGUGGAGGCCAGGUCAUCUGAUGCAGCACUCCAUCACUCUCCUUGGUCCAAUAGCCCUUACACAGCCUGGAGGUGUGUUUUGGGUCGUUGUCCUGUUGAAAAACAAAUGAUACUACCACUAAGUGCAAACCAGAUGGGAUGGCGUAUUGCUGCAGAAUGCUGUGGUAGCCAUGCUGGUUAAGUGUGCCUUGAAUUCUAAAUGAAUCACUGACAGUGUCACAAGCAAAGCACCCCCACACCAUCACACCUCCUCCUCCAUGCUUCACGGUGGGAACCACACAUGCAGAGAUCAUCCGUUCACCUACUCUGCAUCUCACAAAAAAAAAUCUAAAGUUUGGACAGAUUUAAUGUCCAUUGCUCAUGUUUUCUUGGUCCAAGCAUGUCCCAUUGCUCGUGUUUCUUGGCCCAAACAAGUCUCAUCUUCUUAUUGGUGUCCUUUAGUAGUGGUUUCUUUGCAGCAUUCGACCAUAAAGGCCUGAUUCACGCAGUCUCCUCUGAACAGUUGAUAUUGAGAUGUGUCUGUUACUUGAACUCUGUGAAGCAUUUAUUUGGGCUGCAAUCUGAGGUGCAGUUAACUCUAUUGAACUUAUCCUCUGCAGUAGAGGUAACUCUGGGUCUUCCUUUCCUGUGGUGGUCCUCAUGAGAGGCAGUUUCAUCAUAGCGCUUGAUGGUUUUUCCAACUGCACUUGAAGAAACUUUCAAAGGUCUUGACAUUUUCCAGAUUGACUGAGCUUCAUGUCUUAAAGUAAUGAUUUACCGGUUUCUUGCAGUUAUUCAUUCCAGGAAAAGGGAGUGGUUUUGGGCGGUAAAUCUCGGGAACCAGGUUUUUGCCAUUCAACCCUACUGCAUGCCAGUGCCAUAGCAGGACUGGCACUGGAAAAGCCAAUCCCUCACAAUAUCCUCUAAGGAGACAAGCAAAAAUUUGCCUGGGUUCCCGUCCGCAUCGCUCUGGCCAAAUGCCACGCCCACUAAAGUUUUUUCUCCACAAUAAGUCUGGAUUUGCUCCCUCCCCGGCGACUUCUCGAAUGCAAACACAUUCAAACCAUUUGGGUUGGGCCAGAGCCGGCCUACACAAAUCAUGAAUCACAUAAUUUUGAGUGAUCGAUAGAGCAGCGAAAUUAAAUUCAGGGUGAGUCAUCAGGCAAAUCUAAAAUCCCUGCCCCAAUGAAUAUUUCUCUACAUUUUUUUCUCUCCCUCUAAAGUAUUGCUCUCUCCCUCACUCACUCCCUCACUCCCUCCCUCCCUCCCUCCCUCCCUGAUUAGUUUUUAUUUUAUCAUAUUUCUAUAUUCAGUUCUUACUGUAUUAUUUCUCUGCCCCUUUCCUCUUCAGUCUCAAUCUUUCCCUCAAUCAGAGAUACCGAUGGCUGUUGCCAGGCAUCCUGUCGCCAUGGCAACUCGGGGGCAGAGAGUAACAACACACAGGAGCUGGGAUUUAUUUCUAUAUCUACGCCUCUGUCCUACAGUCGCUCCAUCCUCUAUUAUCAUUCCUCUGUCUUCUACUCCUCCUUUUCUGUGGAUAGUUUGUUGGCACGCAGCCCGCUCAUGAGGAGAGGAUGUUGGCCAAGCAAAUAAAUUAUGUUUGCCAACAUUUUUUGCUACACUGAGUAUUUAAUUACAUGGUCAACUGUAAGAACUUUGUAGAAAAGAGUCUACGCUUAUGCAGGGACCCAUAUUAUCUUCCCGCAGGACAUUCUAUCCUCUUUGUUUCUGGAUGUUUACAUCUUUCGUUAGAAUGCUGGUCAGCCAGAGGUCGACUUCUUCCACUGAAGACAGUGGGAUUUCUUUCAAUACUCUCAAAAGUGUUAAUUUAACACUGGAUCAGUGGGACUCAUAUAUGCUCUGUGAAAGUGUUACAUUUAACACUACAAUAGUUAAAUACACCGUUUGUGAGGCUUCAGCUUUAGCAUCACUGAAUGUAAUCUCGAUAUCUCAGCCCCCCAUGUUGUCCUAUUAUACAAGGCUGCGGUUGGAUUUGCUCAGAUAUUGUGCUCAGCAUGGGUGUGCAAUAACUAUACGCCCCAAAACAAACUAUACGCCCCAAAACAAACUAUACGCCCCAAAACAAAAACCAGGGGCUAUAAGAAUAACAGAAAGCUGAAGGUUGGAUUUGUGCCAGCCAUUAUUUAUAUUUGUAGACUUGGUGUACUGACCUGUACUGCAAGUUUAAAUACAUUUUAAAUGUGAUUAAAAAGCUGGUAAACUUAAAAAGCUGUUACAAAAGCUGGUAAACUCUGCCAUAUGUUGUCCUAUUGGCUGUCAUUCUCAACACUUCAAGAUCAAGACUUAGAACAAAGUGCAUUUUGCAGUGCAGUGUCCUUCUCCACUAAAUGCUGUAAUUUGACUUACAUUGACCUGACAAUCUGAUACAAAUGUUAACAAACUAGCAAAUAACGUAUCAGGUGGUGGGUUUCCUCUUAUUAGCAACUAUUAAAAUAAUAACAACCAUAGAAUCAAAAGAUAAUGACUCAGUGUCAUGGACGUGAUCACAUACACAGUGCUGUGAAAAAGUAUUUGCCUCCUUUCUAAUUUUCUCUACUUUUGCAUAUUGUUGAUACUGAAUGUUUCAGAUCUUCAACCAAAACCUAAUAUUCCAUAAAGGGAACCUGAGUGAACAAAUAACACAACAACUAAAUACUUUUUUCAUUUAUUUAAUCAACAAAGUUAUGCAACACCCAAUGCCCCUGUGUGAAAAAGUUAUUGCCCCCUUACACUCAAUAACUGGUUGUGCUGAGUUAAAGCAGUUCUGCAUGCAAGAGUGGGCUUAAAUUCAUCCACAGCAAUGUAAGAGACUGAUCAACAACUACAGGAAGCAUUUGGUUGCAGUCAUUGCAGCUAAAGGUGACACAACCAGUUAUUGAGUGUAAGGGGGCAAUUACUUUUUCACACAGGGGGAUUGGGUGUUGCAUAACUUUGUUAAUUAAAUAAAUACAGUUUGUAAACUCAGGUUCCCUUUAUCUAAUAUUAGGUUUUGGUUGAAGAUCUGAUAACCUUCAGUAUCAAAAAUAUGCAAAAAUAGAGAAAAUCAGAAAGGGGGAAAAUAAUUUUAAUCGCCCCUGUAUCUUCUCACAAAUCAAGACACAAAAAACGUCAUCCCGUCGCUUGACUACUUAACCUAUAAUAACCCAUGACCUGUAGAUAGAAUGUAAUUGUUUUCUUGUAGGAAAUAAGGAUUUUAUUUAUUUAUCAGAGAACAAUUUAAAACAAACACACAGAAAUACUGUUCAGAGAUCAUUAUUUUAAAAUACUGUGACUGUCACAUGUUAUUGAAAACAUCUCUAUCUAGCCUCUGUUUCCUUGGAGACCAAGGCUGUAUCUCAUUCUGGGAAAGUUACGCCCCUCUCACCUUGUUCUUGCUAUCUUCACUAGCUAGUAUUUGUGCAUAAUCUUUCCUGAUUAACUUAUUAUAAAGAGACAUUGUUGGUAAAACUGCUGGCUUUAUUAAAGGAGGAAAGGAAUGACUAAGCAUAUCAUUUAUUUGUUUAUGUGUAUGCUAUCCCCCUUUUGGGGAACACAUUGUUUGGGAUUAUUUCACCACAAACAUCUACCUGUUUGAAUCAUAUUGGUUUCUGCUGUAAGGCCUCUUUGGAUAAAUCAAUUUUCAUGCCAGAAGAACCUGCAGCUCUUGGGAACUGGAACCUGCGGCUCUUUGUACCCCUGAGGUACAGGUAGAGAAUCCAACAAGCUCUCACAGUCCUACAUCAGAAUUAGACGUUCAACCAUGUUUCCAAAUGUCAAUUUUCGAAGUGUUCGGGUUAAGUUCAGAAAUUAACUCAAAAUUCUUAAGGUUAGGCAUUAACUCUGAAUGGUUAAGGUAAGGGUUAAGGUUUUGGAUAGGCUUAAAACCAAAAAUAUCAAAAACAACUUUCUAUUGCUGGAUUCGAACAUGCACCCUUUGGAAUAAGAGGCAGAUGCAAGACACCCAUCCACCAUCCCCGUCCACAUCUCCUGACAUCCUCAGACAUGGAUGGACAUCGAAUACUGACUUGUAUCACAGGUGACCUGGCUGAGAAUCUCUUAGGUGAAAUGUGUGUGGGUGGUUGAACAGAGACCUUUUGUAACUUCCAUUGAAUGAGAUCCAGGAGUCAACAAGUCAAGCCUUGUUGAACAGUUUCCCUUGAUAUACUGUACUCUAUGAAAUAUGUUUUUUCUUUUCUGAUGUAUUUCAGAUGUAAGUCAGACUAGGCUGAUUGGAAAACAUGUUUUUAAAAAGCUUUGUGUUGCACCUUUUUCCACAGUUCACAUUGGUUGAAACAUUCAACGAAUUGGGUGGAACACUAUACCAAAACAAAUAUGCUAAAAGAAACUAAACUCUAGAAAGUUCACCUUGUCCUUCACAACCAGUGCUUGCUGCUGAGGCUUUGAUUAAAUCAAAUCCUAAAGUAUUGAGCAGCAUACUAAAAUAUCGUAUUAUUAAUUGCUCCAAAGAGAGACCGUCAUUAGAUAAGAAUAUGUCAUGUCUUAUCAAGAAGUGGGUGGAUUUGAUCUCCCGCUGUGUAAUCGAGCAGGAGACUGCAGAGAAUCUCUGACCUGUCUCACUUUUCUCUCUCUCUUUAUCUCUCUCCCCAACCCUUCUUUCUCUUUCCCUUUUUCCACAUUUUGUUACGUUACAGCCUUAUUCUAAAAUGGAUUGAAUAAAAAAAAUCUUCAUCAAUCUACACACAAUACCCCAUAAUAACAAAGCAAAAACAGGCUUUUAGAAUUUUUUUAAUAAAAAACUGAAAUACCUUAUUUACACAGAUAUAUUCAGACCCUUUGCUAUAAGACUCGAAAUUGAGCUCAGGUGCAUCCUGUUUCUAUUGAUCAUCAAUGAGAUGUUUCUACAACUUGAUUGGAGUCCACCUGUGGUAAAUUCAUUGAUUGGACAUGAUUUGGAAAGGCACAGACCUGUCUAUAUAAGGUCCCACAGUCAGAGCAAAAACCAAGCCAUGAGGUCGAAGGAAUUGUCCGUAGAGCUCCGAGACAGGAUUGUGUUGAGGCACAGAUCUGGGGAAGGGAACUAAAAAAUAUCUGCAGCAUUGAAGGUCCCCAAGAACAUAGUGAGCCCCAUCAUUCUUAAAUGGAAGACGUUUGGAACCACCAAGACUCUUCCUAGAGCUGGCCGCCCAGCCAAACUGAGCAAUCGGGGGUGAAGGGCCUUGGUCAGGGAGGUGACCAAGAACCCGAUGGUCACUCCAGAGUUCCUCUGUGGAGAUGGGAGAACCUUCCAGAAGCACAACCAUCUCUGCAUCAUUCCACCAAUCAGACCUUUAUUGUAGAGUGUCCAGACGAAAACCAUGAAAAAAAAGAUUAUCUGGUCUGAUGAAACCAAGAUUGAACUCUUUGGCCUGAAUGCCAAGCGUCACAUCUGGAGGAAACCUGGCACCAUCCCUACGGUGAAGCAUGGUGGUGGCAGCAUCAUGCUGUGGGGAUGUUUUUCAGUGGCAGGGACUGGGAGGCUAGUCAGGAUAGAGGGAAAGAUGAACGGAGCAAAGUACAGAGAGAUCCUUGAUAAAAAUCUACUCCAGAGUGCUCAUGACCUCAGACUGGGGCAAAGGUUCACCUUCCAACAGGACAACGACCGUAAGCACACAGCCAAUACAACGCAGGAGUGGCUUCGGGACAAGUCUCUGAAUGUCCUUGAGUUGACCAGCCAGAGGCCGGACUUGAACCCAAUCUAACAUAUCUGGAGAGACCUGAAAAUAGCUGUGCAGCGAUGCUCUCCAUCCAACCUGACAGAGCUUGAGAGGAUCUGCAGAGAAGAAUGGGAGAAGCUCCCCAAAUACAGGUGUGCCAAGCAUGUAGUGUCAUACCCAAGAAGACUCAAGGCUGUAAAUGUGAUAUUUCAGUUUUUUUCCAAAUCAUGUCAAAUCAAUUGAACUUACCACAAGUGGAGAAACAUCUCAAGGAUGAUCAAUGGAAAAUGUGCAAACAAUCUGUUUUUGCUUUGUCAUCAUGGGGUAUUGUGUAUAGAUUGAUGAGGGAAAAAAUAUAUUGAAUACAUUUUAGGAUAAGGCUGUAAUGUAACAAAAUGUGGAAAAAGUCAAGGGGUCUGAAUACUUUCCGAAUGCACUGUAUAUACGCUGAGUAUACAAAACAUUCAGAACACCUGCGCUUUCCAUGACAUAGACUGACCAGGUGAUUCCAGGUGAAAGCUAUGAUCCCUUAUUGAUGUAACUUGUUAAAUCCACUUCAAUCAGUGUAGAUGAAGGGGAGGAGACAGGUUAAAGAAGGAUUUUUAAGCCUUGAGACAAUUGAGACAUGGUGUAUGUGUGCCAAAGUGCCUUUGAAUGGUGUAUGGUAUUAGGUGCCAGGCGCACCGGUUUGUGUCAAGAACUGCAACGCUGCUGGGUUUUUCACGCUCAACAGUUUCCCGUGUGUAUCAAGAAUGGUCCACCACCCAAAAGACAUCCAGCCAACUUCACACAACUGUGAGAAGCAUUGGAGUCAACAUGGGCCAGCAUCCCUGUGGAAUGCUUUCGACACCUUGUAGUCCAUGUCCCGACAAAUUGAGGCUGUUCUGAGGGCUAAAGGGGGUGCAACUCAAUAUUAGGAAGGUGUUCCUAAUGUUUUGUAGACUAAGUGUAUAUCAGCUUCUCAAUAUAUAUUCCUAUCUCUUUCUUUCCCUCUCUCUCCCCCCUCAUCUCUCUCUGUCUUUCUUCCAGGCGUCUGAGCUGGGCAUGCUGUCCGUCUACUACACCUACAUCUUCACCUCGCUGGUAAGGAGAUGGGGUCUGCUGCUGCUACUUGCUAAUGGAAAUUGA